AUGGCGGCCCCAGGCUCUGGGGCGCUUCCAGGGGGCUUUCCGGGUCUCUGGACCCCGCAGGCGGGCCCGUUCCAGGUGCCGGCGACCCGACCUGGCUUCACGAACCUGAUGGGGGGUGCGCCCGCGCUGGGCGCUGCGACCCCGCUCGGGGCGCAGGCCCCUGCGCCGGGCGGGGGGGGGAGUGCGUCGUUCAAUCCGGCGGGCGGCGUGUACAUGGACAUUGACACGUAUUUAGCCUACGCACAGCAGCAGUACACGAAUCACUAUUUUAGCACGUUGCGGCAAAUGUACCCGCCCGAGGUUGCGAUGAAGCAGGCCCAGGAGUGCGUCGAAAAGUUGAAGGCCAACGGCUUCUUUGACCAGCUCAAGUCACAGUACCAGGCAAGUCUCGCUGCGACGGGCUCGGCGUACGUGAGCCAGAAGCCGCAGGAGCUGCCGGCGACACCAACCUCACCGGCGGCGCCCAACACACCGACGCCUCUCCCACGUGGCGGUCAGACACCCCAGGACCUGCAGAAAGCUGCAGCGCAGCAGGGGCGCGUGACCUUCUCUCUCAAAGUGAAGAAGAUCCGCGGCGGGCAGCCGGACGCUCCGGGGUCGCCUCAUGCGCCGGCGGCGGUGCCAGCUGCGGGCCCGGGGCCUACGGGAGGGGCUCCAGGGGGCGUCUGCUCGCCCACAGGGGCUCCGCCGCCUCUGCCUUCGAGUCCGUCUCCUUACGCCGGUGCCGGAGUCGCGGGGUCUCCAGGGGGCUGCGCCUCCGCAGCGGGGGCUGGCGCUACGCCGGCGAGCGCGGGUGCGUCGGCCUCUGUGCCCCCCUGGGCUGCGGCGAGCGCCUCGGCUGCCAUUCCUCCUUCUGCACUUCCCAGCUACGGCGCAUACUACCAGCAGAUGCUUCAGGCGCAGCAUCAGCAACAGGCGCUGCGCCAUCAGCAGAUGCUGUAUUCGCAACAGGCACAGCAGAUGCAUUCGCAUCCCUCCAUGGCACCCGGCGGGCUGCCGCAGGGCCAGGCGGCGACGUAUCCGUCAAACAUGUACAACCCAGCGGCUGCGGGGUUUCCGGGCGCGCCGCCGGGGGCUUCGCCGAUGGGCUCUGGGGGGCUGCAGCAAGUCCCCGCACCUCCGCCGAUUCCGCCCUACACGGGAGGGGCGCCGCUCGCCCCGGCAGCGCCUCAUGCGGCCGGCUCCAUCGAGAGCGCGGUGCAAGCUGCGGCGAAGGCAGCUGCUGCGGCUGUGGAGGCAAAACACCGCAACAUUCAGGGCCUGCGCGGGGCCGGGGCUGCGGGCGUCGACCCUGUGGCGAGUGCUCGCGACCAGGCGCUGAAGCGCGCCGCUGAGAUCACCAAAGACAUCGAGGAGCGGAGAAAGCAACAGCUGCUCUCGACGCAAGCCUUCUCGAUCUGGCUGCAGAAAGUCCACUCUAUACACUUGGCGGGAGAGAAAGGCCUCGACUGGCGUCGCGCUGUGAAUCUCUACAGCCAGAAAAUGACAAAUGCCUACCGGCAAGGCUUGCUGGGCGGUCGAGACUGGACCGCCCAGCCCGUUCCUUCGGAGGAGGAAAUUCGCGGCGAAGUCGCGAAACUCGAUCUUCUUAACCAGAUGACACGCGACCGCCACAGCCCCGACGCCGACGCAGCGGAUAGAGACCGAGACGGUGAGCGUCGCUUCAUCGGCGGGAGCCGGACCGCGCGGCGCGAGGGCGAGCGGGCCCGAGGGAGUCGGAGUCGGAGUCGGAGUCCGCCGUAUGGCGGGGCGAGCCAUUUUGCGCGGAACGGAGACAGGAGCUUGAGCGCGUAUCGCCACCGCACCUCGAGCCCGCGCAGCGGUGACGGCUGGCGAGGGCGCAGCGAAGAGCGUCUCGAUGACGAUCGCAGUCCUUCAGAAAGCGCCGCGCGCGCGCGGCGGGGUGAAGAAGAUUUCAUCUCUCUGUCAGACAAAUGGAGCGACCGCGGAGCUGGCGGGAAAGCGCGAGCGAAGGCGCGGCAGGUGCAGCUUCAGUGGCGGGGGACGCGCGCCGAGCGGGCGAGCGCGUCCGCAGACCGGAAGGACGCUGCCUCGAUGUUGAUCAAAUGCACGCCGCAGGAGGAGCAGAAGCGCCUCCAGCGCAUGAACCGCUUCGGCCCCAACGCGAGGUCGGGCCCCGCAGCCUCCGCCAAGGAUAGCGUUUACAAAGUCUCCUGGAUGGAAGGCUCCGCGUCGCCCUCGUCGGCGGCCGGGCUCUCGUGGCAGCAGAAGCUCGAGAUCGCGAAAAGCACGGAAAAAAUCGUUGGCACCAGCACCGCGCUGGAAAAGAACUACCUGCGCCUGACGAACGCCCCAGACCCUGCCACGGUUCGGCCGCCGGAGGUGCUUCGCCGGUCGUUUGAGUUGAUUCUGAGGAAGCACCGCGAAGGCGCCUCCUGGCGCUACGUCGAGGAGCAGUUCCGCAGCAUGCGGCAAGACUUGACUGUUCAGGGAGUGAAGGACGACUUCUCGCGCAAGGUUUACGAGACGAACGGGCGCUUGGCGCUCAGCUACCACGAUCUGGGGCAGUUUAACCAAUGCCAAACGCAGCUUCGCGACCUCUACAAGCGCCUUCAGGUGCCCGAGGACGACCCCGACAGGCUCGAGUAUCUCUGCUACCGCCUCGUUUACAUGGCGCUCCAGGGCAUGCGCCUUGACGUCCUGCGCGUCAUGUCGGAGAUGACGACUGCGGAGCGGCGGAACUCGAACGUCGUGUACGCGAUGAAGGUUCGCCGCGCGCUGGCGGACGGCAACUUCCGUCGCUACUUUUACCUCGCAACCAUCGGACCGCAUCAGACGAAGCACCUCUGCGAAAUCUUCGAGCCACGCGUGCGCAUGCUGGCCCUUGUCACGAUGGCGAAGGCGUCGCGGGCGCUUCAGCCGCGGAAGGUUCAGGAGGAGCUCAAUUUCGGGGACCUCGAAGAGACUCUCGCCUUCCUGCGGCGCGAGGAGGCGGUGUUCACGCCAGACGGAAAGGUGGACAGCAAGCGCAGCCUGCCAAACUUUGAGAAGUCCUCGCUGCUCUCGAAGAAAGUCAAGGCGAUGGGCUAG